CCUUACCACUUAUGUACCCAACUCGGCGGAAUCAAAAACAAUUUCAAUCAUCGAACGCCACUUCUUGCAGUUGUCGCAAUCCUCACAUAACGCCGCAGGACGGUGUUUGGCUUUCCCCUCCCACCCCUCAUCCGUCAUGACCCGACACCUGGCUCGGCUCGAGAACUGUUCUUAGCAACAUGCCGCCCAAGAAGAAGGGUGGCCGGGCUAGCACCCAGGCUGCCUCAGCGUCAGCGACGCCAGCUCGAGAUGAGGAUGCCAUGGAAAUCGACACGCCGGCACAGACGCCAACCGCGCCUGCGCCUCCUCAACCACCAAAACCAGUCACGGACCCGUGGACGGACGACCAGCUAGCCUCGCUGUUCAAGGGGGUCAUCCGGUGGAAGCCGGCGGGCAUGCACAAGCAUUUUCGGAUGCUAGCCAUCAGCGAGCAUCUACGGAACCAUGGCUUCGACCCCGAUGCCUGGCCGCACACGCGGAUGCCUGGCAUCUGGGCCAAGCUGGCCGAGUACUACAACCUCGAGGCCGUCGACGAGCGGGAAAAUAACAUGGAUCCGCCGGACGAGGAGGGCCAGUCGAGGCGCUAUCUCGACUUCAACCUCCCUUGGGAGGAUUACGCCGACCUGAUCCAGGAGAAAGCGCGCGCCGACCCCAGCGAGGCGCCAAGCAGCCCACCGCAGUGGGACCCGGACGAACCUACGGGAGGAACCAAGAAGCGGAAACGAGGCGCCGCCGAGUCAAAUACCAGGACCCGCAGUAGUACUGUCGAGGACACGGACAACGAGACACCGGCUGCAAGCCCUGCCAGAAAGACCGGCAGAGCAGGAAGAAGCACGAAGCGUACCACUAGUAGAGCGCGGAGGGCUAAAGAAGAAUCAUCUUCUAGUGAGGCUGAUAGCUCUCAGGAAGGCGAAUCAGACGAGGAGCAGGAGGGGGAGGAGGGGGAAGAAGGGGAAGAUGAAGCAGAAGAAGAGACGGGCACACCGGCUUCAACGAGGGGUGGAAGGGGAAGCACAAGAGGCCGUGGUAGAGGACGGGGCAGGGAGAUCGACCACAACUUUAGCAAAGCCCAUCGCAUUGUCACUACAAGUAUUCUCCCGCUAGUCGAGCAAUAUGGCGAGCACUCACGCGCCGUCUGGGAAGCUACCAAAUUCUGGAAGCAGUUUUUCGAGGCUUCGGCGAAUGUCUCACUUUCAGGCUACGAAGAACUAGCCGGCAGCGAGGAUAGCACAGAAAUUACUGCCGAAGAGGAAACAACAGUACACGACGAGACGGCAGACGACUACACACCCCGGCCACGUAGCGCCGGCACACACGACGUCAGCGUUGCUACCGACCAGUCGUCAGUCAUCUACCAUGGGCAUGGCCAACAGCAUGAGGAAUCUGUUCUAAGCGACAGGGAUGGGGACCUUACGGGUAGUACCCCGCGUCCGCCUGCGACCAAGACUUUACCUUUCCGCCCCAACUUUGCCAAUCUACAUUCUCCUUACGAGGCGCUAAGGCGCGAGUACAACAACAAGAACGGCGGCACUGGCAGCGCAUCAGGGCCGCAACGUGGCACGGCAGCGAGCGGCGAGGACGAGGAGGAUACGGAACUUCUCUUCCAGCAGCACACUUCCCGCCUGCCAGAUGUGCCUCUGACGCCACGGUCAUCACUUGGGCCGGGCGACCUAGCAAACGAUGGGGACGGCAAAGAGGGCUUGGAGCAGGAUAAGAACAAGGACCCGCUCCUGCACCGCUUGUUAGACAAGAACUACCGCAUCGCGGCAACUCCCCUGAAAGGCACCACCGGGAUUUCGCCCAUCAAGUGGAAGAUUGAGAAGGUUGCAACACCCGGAAAAGGCAAAGAUAAGCAGAAAGAUAGACCCAUCUGGGAGGACUCGCCCACCUCAAGCCCGGAGAUGGCAGUCCCCCAGCUGAGGAGCGCCGCCUUCAUGUCGCCUAUGCGCGCAGCGUACAAGGGCAAGGCGGCCGCGGCUGCGAGAGCGCCUAGGACGCCGGGGGUAAGCGUGCAGACGCCGGCUACGGGCCGGAAGACCAAGGAUGUAUUCGCCGCAGAGCGGACAGGAGGGAAGGACUACGAGGAUGAGAUUACAUGGGAGAGUGACAGUGACGGUGGAUUGGGGGAGAUUAGCCCGCCCAAGACAAUAAAGUUUGCGCUUCCACCGUCCAAGUUGCUGCAGACCCCAGCCCGCGAGGCGAGCAAGCGCAUCGUCGACAACAUUCUGCUCACUGCAGGUGAAAACCCAGAGGGUUCGACUGAGUACAGCCCAACCAUGGUCAAGACGAACUACGAUAUAUUGGACGACACGUUUUGAUGUGUAGCGUCUAUUUUCAG